AUGUAUAUACGAAAGUUUCACUCUUUGGCAGCGCUGUCGAAGCAGCAGAUAAAUCACUAUGAUAUCCUAGGGGUUCCUCCUCACGCAUCUAAGGAUGAAAUCAAGAAGCGAUUUAGGCAAUUGAGCAAAAAGUAUCACCCAGAUUUGAACACCCACUUGGAAGAGCCUGAUAAGAAGGCCAAUCAUGACAAGUUCAUACAGAUUGUUAAUAGUUAUGAGGUGUUAAGUGAUGACAGUACAAAAACGCAGUUUGAUCGUAAUCGUGGGGUAAACGAAGAACAAUUGCGAAAAGCAAAGAGGCAAGAGUUUCAUGAUAGAUACUAUGGAGAUGCAAAGACGUAUUCACACCGACCCAGUGGAUAUUACAACACCAAGAAGAAUCGUGUGCAUUAUGGAGAAGGCGUCAGAUUCAGAGGAAAAUCGCAAUUUCAUGGUGAGUUUAAUGAGCCAUCCAACUACGAUGUUCCCCAUUUCGAUUACGACAAACACCUCGCAAAGAACAUUGCUUAUGAGAAACGGUUCACGGGUGCUAGGGGCUAUAGAGGUGGAGAUUUGAGGUCUCAUCAAAUGACUCAUCGAUCAAUAAAUCAUGGAGUACGAAAAGACAUUUUCAUAGAUAAAGAGAGCGGAUGGGGAGGUGUUAUGGCAGGUUUGGUGAUCUCAUUUUUUGGUCUUUCAUUUACAGCUUGGGCGUUGAGUACUAAAGAGGCUAGGCCAGGUCAGUAUCACCGUGAACCAACGCAAAAGACCACUUCAAAAGUUCAAAGCUCAUCAUCUCAGACAGACAGUGCUCCUUCCCACGAAUUCGCGAAAUCACCGGAAUCUCCUUCGAAAUCUCCGUCUGAGAAAUCCCCUCCUGAGAGUAAUUCCUCCAACAUCACGUCAACUUUGAUAUCGCGUGCGUCCCGAUAG